GUAUUGACUCUGUCGGACGAUCAGAGUUUUGCAACAGCCUUGCGGCCGCAUAUGAGUCGAACCGCCGCCGUCGCGAAGAAGCGGAGUUGGGUGGCACGGUCGAUGCCUGCUACGGUCAAAGGAGUGAUCUGAAGCGCCAAAGACCAACGUUCAACGUUCCGUGAUCAUCUUGGUUUACGCGAUUGAUGACGCUCGUGGAAAAUCUCGGCUUCCCCGUGACCUCAACAUUGCUCGGUCGCACUAUUUCUCCGACUCAUAUUAUUCUUGGCCUCCGUCGACAUGCUAGGUGACACCUCCAAUCCAAUAUGAGAUGGCUGGCUGGAACUCGUCCUCCAUUCCCACUGUCGGGGUGCCCACCGCCUCUCACAAUGUUCGCCGUGCUGCUUGCUCUCUCGGGCCUCUGCUGGCUUCCCCUAUACGCCUCAGCCCAGUCUCAGGCUUCGAAGGCGUACGCACCCGUCGUCGCACCAUGUCCCUCUGGAAUAUCCGUUCUACGAGAGGCAGGAACGACCAACCAGUCCCUCAGUGAGGGAGAAUCCGCCUAUGUCUCGGGGAAGCGGAAGACAGUGCUCCCUGCGGCGUGGAAGUCAUACCUCGCGGCUGUGAACGGAAGCACCAGCGAUGUGGUGUCAUUGCCGUCUUAUGUCUCCGCAAUCCUCAACGGAUCAUUCGGAGGAUCGGCAUAUCCAAACUUGAGCAUCGCGACAAGUGGCGGCGGGUACCGAGCAGCGACAUUUGGAGCAGGGGUGUUGAACGCUCUGGAUGCGCGCAAUGCAACGUCUGUGCGUGCUGGGACCGGCGGGCUCCUACAGGCCUCCACGUACCUAGCAGGACUGUCUGGCGGGAGUUGGAUGGUAACCUCCCUCGCACAAGCGGACUUUCCGACUCUUUAUGAUCUCGUCCUAGGACCCGAGACUACGACCUCCAGCGGUUUCAAUGGGUGGCUAGCGAAUUUCAGCCUAUUUGACCCGUCAGACAGCAUUGUGCAAGACACCGUCUAUAUUAUUGACCUCGCGGACGAGACUGACGGGAAGGCGGGAAAAGGCUUUAACGUGUCGAUCACGGACGUAUGGGCACGGGCCCUCUCUCGUCACUUUGCGAACGGAACGACUGCUGCGACUUUCCUCGAGAAGAAUGUGACGCAUGGCGCAGGACUUACGUUCUCCUCGAUUUCUACUUUACCAGCAUUUACAUCUCAUACAUUACCGUUUCCUAUCGUCGUAACUGACUCAAUCUCGCCGUACCAAAAUGACUCGAACAUCCUUAACGAGACGGAAGUGCUUGUCCCUCUCACAAAUCCGAUAUACGAGAUUAACGCAUAUGAGAUGGGCUCCUUUGAUCCCGUGCUUGGUGCAUUUAUCCUCACAAAGUACUUGGGAACGACAAAUAGUACCCUGUGCGUGACGGAAUAUGACCAAGUCUCCUUUAUCGAGGGUCUCUCCUCAAGUCUUUUCAACGAGGCUGUAGUAUUGGAGAACGCAGAGAUAUCAGAUUUUAUAGAGAUACUCUCUGAAUAUCUUCCAGACGGAGGCGACAUAUUCUACGGGCUCCUCCCGAACCCAUUCCAUGGUCUAUCGCCAAAUACGUACAUCGCUAGCAACCAGACAGUGCUUCAGCUUGUCGACGGCGGGGAGGACGGGGAAGAGAUUCCGUUCACACCGUUGCUUGUCAAAGCCCGCGAAGUGGACGUGAUCGUCGCGAUCGAUGCGGCCGCCGACACCAGCUACAACUGGGCGGACGGGAGCUCUCUUAUUGCAACUCAGGACCGAGUAUCCUAUUUCCCGGGCACCUACGCUUUCCCUCCAGUCCCGACUUCGGCAUCAACCUUUCUCUCGAAGAACUUGACAAGGUACCCGACAUUCUUCGGUUGCAAUAGUUCCGUGAACUCGAGCGAGCCGCUAGUGAUUUACCUUGCGAACGGUGGACCGCCACUCGGUCAGACGCCCGCUACGAAUACGUCGACGUUGCAAUUGUCGUACGGCGCGGAGGAGCUGGAAGCAAUGCUCUCGCAGACGUUUGACAUUGCGACGCAGGGUAGGGCUACGGAGAGUUCGGCAGGGUGGGAGAAGGAUCCAGAGUGGCCUGCGUGCCUUGCGUGUGCGGUUGUUGACCGCUCCAGGCAAAGGGAAGGGGUCACGCGGAGCGGCGUCUGCGCGAGCUGCCUCGAUCGGUAUUGUUGGAGCUGAAUCGUUGAUUUUGUCGCUCACUGGACAAGGACUUGGUACAUAUGUGAUAGAACUCUUUGACGAGGUGGAGAACAGUGAAAUGCCCGAAGAGCGCAAUCUAGAUGUGUAUCAUUGCCCCACGAAAGAUGAUCAUCAUGAUCACAGAUUCGCCAAUCGAAUGGAUCCCCAAUCAUAGCGAUGGCCUGCGUAAUCGUAUCGCCAUGAUGCACUAUCAAAGUCGAACGGAUCAAUCGAGGCGUAGACAAAUUACAGCGGAUUCCCGAG